AUGACUGAUGAGUGUUACACCCAGGCUCCUAGCAGUCUGGGUGGGGGCUACCAUGGAGUUGUCAAAGCCCUCACAACCACAGACAUAAUGGCAGAUGAAAGCUUUCAGAAGGAGUUCCUGGAGACUCACAAUGUCUACAGGGCGAUGCAUGGUGCGCUGCCACUGACGCUCAGUAGCGACAUGAAUGAUUCAUCUCAGAAAUGGGCCAAUCACUUGCUGGAGCUCGGUGCCUUAAAACACAGCGAUACAAAACAUGGAGAGAACAUCUACUACAUGAUGGGUUCCAAGACCGUGACAGGGAAAGGAGCUGUGGAUGCGUGGUACAGUGAGAUCAAAGACUACAACUGGAGCAGUCCUGGGUUCGGCAUGAACACUGGGCAUUUUACUCAGGUGGUUUGGAAAGACACCACUAAACUGGGCGUGGGUGUAGUCUCUAGUGGUGGCAAUGUCUAUGUGGUCGCCCAAUAUUCUCCACCUGGCAACAUGAACAUGUCGGGCUACUUCGAGAAAAACGUCCUUGAGAAAGAUGCCUGAUCGGAGCAAAAGAUGUUACCUGCUGG